CCGCGGCCCAUGGAGCCAACCCGCCCGGCCCCCGGCCGCCUCAGGCCGCUGCUCUGCCUGCUGCUUGCCGCGUCCAGCGCCUGGACAGGAGCGGCAGGUGAGGAGGAGCUGCAGGUGAUUCAGCCUAAGACGUCAGUGUCAGUUGCAGCAGGAGAGACAGCCACUCUGCACUGCACCGUGACCUCCCUGAGGCCCGUGGGGCCCAUCAAGUGGUUCAGGGGAACUGGGCCAGGCCGGGAGUUGAUCUACAGUCAAAAAGAAGCCCCCUUCCCCAGAGUUAUAAAUGUUUCAGAUGCCACAAAAAGAAACAACAUGGACUUUUCCAUCCGCAUCAGUAACAUCACCCCAGCAGACACUGGUGUCUACUACUGUGUGAAGUUCCGGAAAGGAGAACAUGGUGACGUGGAGUUUAAGUCUGGACCAGGCACUCAUCUCACUGUGAGUGCCAAGCCCUCUCCGCCCAUGGUAUCCGGCCCUACAGUGAGGGCUACACCUGAGCAGACAGUGAGCUUCACCUGCACAUCCCACGGCUUCUCCCCCAGAAACAUCUCCCUGAAAUGGUUCAAAAAUGGCAAUGAGCUCUCAGCCUCCCAGACCAGCGUGGACCCACAGAAAGACAACGCUUCCUACAGCAUCAACAGCACAACUAAAGUGCUGCUGGCCCCAGGGGACGUUCACUCCCAGGUCAUCUGCGAGGUGGCCCACGUCACCCUGCAGGGGGGCCCUCCUCUCCGUGGGACUGCCAACUUGUCUGAGACCAUCCGAGUUCCACCCACCCUGGAGAUUACCGGAUACCCCCCAGCGGGGAACCAGGUGAACGUCACCUGUCAGGUGAACAAGUUCUACCCCCAGCGCCUACAGCUGACCUGGUUGGAGAACGGAAACGUGUCCCGAACAGAACCGGCCUCGACCCUCGUAGAGAACAAGGAUGGGACCUUUAACCAUACAAGCUGGUUCCUGGUAAACUCCUCUGCCCACAGGGAGGCUGUGGUGCUCACCUGCCAGGUGGAGCAUGACGGGCAGCCGGCGGUCUCCAAAAACCAUACCCUGGAGGUCUCUGCUCCCCAGAAGGACCAGGACACAGGUCAAACCCCUGGCCCGAAUGGCAACAGCUGGAACAGCGUCUUCAUCGUGGUGGGCGUGGUGUGCGCCUUGCUGGUGGCCCUGCUGAUCGUAGCCCUCUGCCUCCUCCGAAUCAGACAGAAGAAAGCCAAGGGCUCCACUUCUUCUACAAGGCUGCACGAGCCCGAGAAGAACACCAGAGAAACAACUCAGGUACAGUCCUUGAUCCAAGACAACAAUGACAUCACAUAUGCAGACCUGAACCUGCCCAAGGGGAAGAAGUCAACCCCCAAGGCCAAUGAACCGAACAACCACACGGAGUAUGCCAGCAUUCAGGCCCGCCCGCCACCCGUAUCUGAGGACACCCUCACCUAUGCUGACCUGGACAUGGUCCACCUCAACCGGACCCCCAAGCAACCGGCCCCCAAGCCUGAGCCAUCCUACUCGGAGUAUGCCAGUGUUCAGGUCCAGAGGAAGUGAACAGGGCCGUGGUCAUCUCUAGGGUCUGUUCCCAUGAGCCUUCCUGUCCCACACGGAGCAGCCGUAGUGAGGACAACCAGCCCAGUUCCUGGGGGGCUAGGGUGGCAGAGGCCCUGGGACCCAGGAAUGAGGGUAGCUCUUGUCUCCUCAACCCAGUUGGCUCACCAGCAUUUCCGGGGUAGCCGUGACCCCUCCAAGUGGCCACACAUGGAGGCUGGUGUUGCCAGACCAGGCGGGGAGCCGGCCUGGGAACUGGCCAGAGCCACAGUGGGUGCGAGAACUCUCACGCCUCUGUCCGUCAACUGUGGGUCUUGGUCAUGGUCUUGGAGACCCCUGAUUGCCUCCUUGAUGCUCCGCAGCUUGAUCUUCCAGAGUGAGGAGGGAGAAAACAUACCUCCUCUUCCCCCCGGCACCACCAGCUGAGGCUUUGGGGAAAGCUAUCCCCUUUAGAUUGAACUGCCUGUCCAUGGGGAAGCUGGACCCACCUCCUGAGACCUGGUGUAGUGGCUGCCAGCAGUCCUGGCCUCCCCCAACCUGGAGUGAUCGGCCACAAGCCCUGGGGAGGAGAGGACCCUCUGAGGAACUCCUCCAGCACCAAGGACUGAGGGACAGAAACACCCUUCCUCCUCGCAGCCCUCGAGAUCUAGAGGGCCCGUCAUCCUGACUGUGAUGCUCCAUGUGGCCCCACCUCUCCUUUCCAGACCUGAGCUCGCUUCCUCCAGCAAGCACUAACUCACAACAUCUCGCUGUGGACGCCUGUAAAUUAUUGAGAAACGUGAAAUGUGCAAUCUUGAAACUGAGGUGUUAGAAAAUUUGAUCUGUGGUGUUUUGUUCUGUUUUUUUUUUUUUUUUUCUUUUCUUAAAACAACAGCAGCAUUAUCUUGGCUCUUUGUCAUGUGUUGAUGUGCGUGGUUGGUCUUGCACAGUCUGAGGCUGAACGGUCGGUUGUCCCGGAGAGAAUCACUCAUGGCAGAAACUGAGUUCCUCCUGGUCCCAGAGCCCUGAGGGUGGGGCAGACAUUUCCAGGUUGGCUGCUCCAUGGAGACACUUAGCCUUCCUUCCACGUGGCUGGUUCUUCUGCUUCCUGAGCCCCCAGUGUGGUAAGUCUGAACCCACCCCUACUUCUCCAGGCUGCCUCCUUCUCCACGAGGUCUGGUCGAGACCUCAUGCUUCAGUCUGCUUACCUGUAAAGAGGAGGGAGGAAAGAUGCCGUCCCUCGCCUCCAUCUCUCACAAGCACUUUAGGGCCAUGCAGGGUAGGAAGCUGUGCCUGGCUGUCCCCACCCCCACCCCCCACCAUCCCAGCUCUCUGAAGACAGAAUCUUCCAUUUCUGUUCCCAAACCCUAUUAGGACCAAACUGGCAUAAAUCAAAGACAGCCAGGAGGCCUGGACAUCUGUGAAGCCAGGAAUGACCCACCGUCUGUCCCUCUGUCUCAAGAGGUUGGGCAGAGGCUCUGACCCCAUUACCCUCAGAACCCUGGCCCUUCCAAUUCAAUGUGGCAGCCCAGCUGGGCCCAGGGCAAGCAGGUGUCACAAGCCCUGUUUAUUCAGUUUUCACAUGUAACUGAUCCACUCUCAGAGCUGAGAUGCUAAUCUUCACUGCCCCCUGGGUCCAGCCAUUGGAUGCCCAAGGGAGUCCUGGCACAGGCUGUCAGAGCCAGAAGCUGAGCCAUCCUGCAUAUCAGCGGGUCCUCCAGGUGGAACCCUGGGAGGCCAGCACAGACCUGCCUCUCUGGGGAAGGGUGAUUUGUAUUACACGAUGGCAUCCAGGAACUGGCUGAGCCAACAGGCCAUGUGAGCAGCUUUGGCCCCAUGAGCCGGAGUUUCUCUGUGGCAUCUGGGAGCUCAGUGUCCCAGCCACCUGGCUCGAGCUACUUCCAAAUUCCACAAGGUUGGCUUGUAAACCCUGGUCUCCCUCUCUUUUACCCAGAGAGAGCACACGUGUGUGAGCACACACAAGCACACACAUAGAAUUUUAAAAGAAUGUUUUCUUGGUGCCACUUUAAUUUUAUUUUGAAUUUUGGAAGAGGAGUAAGGAAUGAGGCCAAGGAAGUCAUGUAGUUUAGACUUAGCCUGGCAGCCUGGAGAUUCCCAUACCUUGUGUAUCGAACCCCAGGAAAAGGAAACGGUCCAAACAACAGUACGGAAGGAGCAUGGUUUCGGGAGUUUAUUUUCAGACUGUGGGGAAGGAAACAGGCCCCAUUUUGUAUAUAGUUGCAACUUAAACUUUUUGGCUUGCAAAAUAUUUUUGUAAUAAAGAUUUCUGGGUAACAACAGCCCCUUUGGAUGUUGA